AUGACUCGCCGCAAGAUCACCACAUGGGCCAAGAUCAGCCAGGUGGCGCGCGAGCGCUUCUCGGAGGACGUCGAGACAGCCGCAAUCACCAAGACAGAGGCAACGGAAAUCGCCGAUGAAGGAGUUAUGCCGUGGCCCGUGGAGGCAACGAAGAUGUGGAGUGCGAAGCGGCGAUGGGGGCGGUGGCGGCGGGCAUCGCGGCUGAGGCUGGUGCAGCGCUCGCUGGGUAUGCAAACACCGUGGCGGCGGUGGCGGGAGGUGGAAAAGGACGACGAAGACGACCUCGAGGACUUCAAUGAAGAAUUCGGCGUCCUCGUGAUGAGAGAUGAGCACACGGCGCCGCUCUUGUCCUUCGAGACAACCCACUGCGACCAGUCUGCUCGCCAGCUCAUGGAUGCCGAGCGGCAGACCCUAGUGGCAAUCCUCAAUGAUAGACUGUCGACGCCGGAGAAGGGAAGCGCCGUGCCGGCGAGAGGACGAGUCGCCCUCACCGUACCGUAUAGGGAGUCAGGCUCACUACCUGAGGAAGCCAAGAUGACGGGGGAUCCGCUCCUCGUCCUGGACGCCCUCGUGCAGGUGUUCCCGCAGGUUAACUUGUCAACCCUCAUAGAAGUUUCAAUUUCAUUCAAAGGCGACCUUGAAGCCGCUGCGGGAUAUGUCGUCCACAACGUGCUACCAAAUAUUGGCCCGGAUGACGUUAACACAGAUAUGAAUGAAGAAAUUCUUGAAGUAUCUGCUGACACAAACAGCCAUCUGUUGACUGCAUCCGUUGUUAACGGCACCCUUUCAGAACCCGGUCAGUUCGAUGUAGCAGCCAAAGAGGAUUCAGCUGGAACUCAGGAUAGUCCCAUGGGGGAGCAUUUGACGCAAUCGCCUUCUGCAGAUCUGGUCGUUCUACCGCAAGAAAGCUAUUCCGAUCCUGUGAUUGCUGGCGCGCAGAACUCUGUUACUGAGCAUGAAAACCAGCAAGAAGUAAUGCAUUCUUCUAACCACCAUCCGGGUGGUCAUGGUGAUGGACAACUACAAUGCUCAUCUUCCGAGACGAACCAGGGCAUGCCAGUUUCUGAAGAUAACUUGGCACUACAUGAUGAUGGUUCACAUGAUAGGAACAUGGGAUCAAACUAUUCUAUUUGCCCCGAAUCCAUUGACCAUAUUAUCUCUGCUGAAAAUUACAAUAAGAAUGCAUUGCUGUCAAAUGUGGCAGCGAUAAGUGAAAUGCUAGAGGAGGUUGAGCUUAGUGAAGCAGAAACAAAAAAUGUUGUAACUGAAGCAAGCCAAGCUGGAAAUGAUAUUCUCGUAGAGGCGGCGAAGCUGAAAGAAAUGUCCACCUCUGUAGUGGAAGAGAACAACAAGGUUGCAGCAGAGGUUUUUGCUGAGAAAUCUGUUCUAGCAGCAGAAGCGCAGGGGCUGCAGUCUAGGUUGUCCGUCAUUUCUGACGAACGAAACCACUUCGUGACGAUCAUCGAUGAGAUGCAUGAAACUCUUCAAAGAAGACGUGAAUUAGCACAAGCAGACAGAGCAGCCGCUGAGAGGGAAAUGGUUGAAAGGGAGACAACAGCUAAAGAAAUGCUGAAAGAGCAGGAAGUCCUACUUGAAGCUGCCAAGGAAGAGUCUAAAAGGCUGGAGCAACAAGCACAGGAGAAUGCAAAGCUGAGGGAGCUACUGACGGACAGAGGCCAUGUUGUUGAUGCAUUGCAUGGUGAAAUGCUAGGGAUCUUCGACAACAUUGCACAGCUCCAGUACAGAGUUGAUAUGGGGCAACUAGCUUCGUCGACCAUGUCCAGCUCAGUCGAGUCAGCAGCUAACAAAUUUUCGCCUGAAGAACCGCUGCAUUUCUCUGCACCGAGUUUGCCCAGCCCAGUCAAUUCAGCACCUUCGAGACUAAUUUAUGCUGAUGAACCGCCGGAACUUGCUCCAUCGAGCUUAGCAGGCUCAGUUCCAUCGGCGCCCUGCAAACUAGUUUCUGUUGGUGAACCACUGCAACUAGCUUCACCGAACUUGUCCAGCUCCGUCAAAUCGGCAACUUCUGAGAGCAGCUGGUCUUCUGCUACAGAGUCAACUUCAAGUUAUAAUGGUGACGAGGAGAUCGCUGUUGCUUCUCCCCAUGACAAGUUUGCUCUGGAUGACAGCUGGGAUGUGGUUGAAGAAGAGGAACAAUGCAUCUGCUAAACUUCUCAACAUGAUUCUUAUGUUGUCCUAAUCAUUGAUUCAUUGGUUUCAGCAAGAGGAAUCAGAAGUUGU